AUGUCGAGCAUCGAGCUUCCCGAAGGCUACCGCUUCCAGACGACUUUGGCGGCAGGAGAGUACAGCAUGCUCUUCCUGGCCAUGGGAAACGACUACCAGGAGGUCGCUAUCAAGAGCUUUGAUUGCACGCAGAUGGACGAUGCACAAGUCUCGGAAAUUCACCGCCAGGCCCUACUCCUGAAGUCCGUUAACCAUCCGCUGGUACUCAAGGUAUAUGACGUCCAGAUGAACAUUACGCGCACGCGCCUGCACGUGAUCAUGGAGCCCUUCUUCAAGACGCUUCAGAACCUCAUCGACGAGUGUGAGAAGGCAGAUCGCUCGCUCCUCAACAACAUCGUCUGCCAGGUGGCCUACCAGGUCAUCAAGGGGCUCCACUAUCUCUCCACCACCAACCAUGUCGCGGUCAACGAGCAGGGACAGGAGUUCUCGCAGGACAAGAUCUUCCACUCGUUUAUCACACCGAACGACAUUGUGUUCAACACCUCCGGAGUUGUGAAGCUUAUGAACAUCUUCCCCCUGGAGCAUAGGAUGCUCUAUGAAAAGGGCGACGCCAGCUUCCCGGGGCUCGCCUAUGCGUCGCCUGAGUUUCUCAACAGGGAAUACACCGAGUGCCCUGCCGAUGUGUGGUCUGCGGGCGCGUGCAUUUUCGCCAUGGCUAUGCGCAGGCCCCCGUUCAACUCUACCAACGUGGAGUCCCUAAGGGUGGAGGUCGAAGAAGGAAAGAAGGAUGGCCUCGAUAUCAGCUUCAGCCGCGAGCUUGAUGACAUGCUCCAGCGCAUGAUGACGCCGGACCAGGGCUACAGGCCCACUGCCGGCGAUCUCCUCAACGACCCCUCAAUCACCGAGGCGGCGUACGAGAUCGAAGCGGGCGGCCUGCAAAACCCGUGGAUGGCAAUCGGCUUCUCCAGGCCGAUCUCUCAGGCAGUGGCCCCUGUGUCCAACGACUCCCCGGUCCUCGCCCUGGAUCCGAACAAUGUGUACCCGAUUGCCUUCGAUGACAACAACCCAUGGGAGAGGUACUGGCUUAACGCUCCUCGUCCAGAUGCGACAGUCGACGCAGCCUCCUACACCAGGGGCACUAUCGGCGAGGAAGUGGUUGCAAGGGUCCCGACACCACCGCCCGAGAUGGAUAUGUAUGCCACGAUGGAUGAUGCCUACAAGGGUGCCAACGAUGAGUCCGCCUACUACGCCCCUGAUAGCUAUUAUGGCAGUGCCCCUGCAGAGAGCGUCAUGGACGUCGCGCAAGUUGUGCGGGUGGAGACGCCUCCUCCAGAGCCUGAUGCCUAUGCUGACGCGGGCGCUCAGGGCAAUGACUAUAAGGUGGACGAUGAGGCAGCGGCCUACGCACUCACCAGCUACUACGGUGAUGCGCCUGCGGACAGCAUCAUGCUUACCGAUGAUGAGGUAGUCCACAGGAUUCCCACACCACUGCCAGAAGGGGUGGCAGAGGUAGUUGUAAAGAGGAGCGCACCAGCCCCGGUCCCAACCCCAGCCCCGCUCAUGGAAACGGCACCUGAGUCCAAGACUGUCACUGCUCUUAUGAACGCGGUUCGAACGGGCAAAAACGAUGUUGUGCAGAGGCUCGUCGGAGAGCACUCCGGAGACAUCGGAUGGAAGACGCCCAACGAGAAGAAGACCGCCCUCAUGGUCGCUGCGGAUCUUGGGAACGCCGAGGCUGUCGAGUUGCUGGCGCCAUGUGAGUGUGGUGAGGUAGACUCGGAUGGCUGGCGAGCGAUCGAUUACGCCGCCCAAAACGGUAAUGUCAGGGCCGUCAACGCUCUUCUUCAGUACGAGGGAGACAUGCCUAUCGUGCGCAAGGACGGAUGCACGCCGCUCUUCCAGGCGGUGUUCUGGAACAAGCCGGACUGUGUGAGGGCACUCGCUCCUAAGUACGCCGGCGCAACGACGACAAGCCACUACUGGCAGGGGGAGGGCUUUACGGCCCUCAUGGAGGCGGCUAAGUGCUGCCGCGUCGAGUGCGUUGAGAUUCUGGCGCCCUAUGAAGCGAAGAUGACGGACAAAAAGGGUCAUACAGCACUCUACCACUGUGAGCACGCGUGGGACCAUAUUCUCGAUGACGCCAAGAAGGAGGAAUGCAUCAGGAUCCUCGAGAGGGCCUAG